GGUGUGCAGAGCACUGUCGUAAGCGCUCGACCGCAUGGCGGUGAGCGUGCGCGUGGAGCCGCCUGGGCCCUGCCCGUGGGACGAGGCGGUGCGGGUGUCGGUCCGGGGCCUGGGCCCGGGGCAGGCGGUGACGGUGCGCGCCUCGCUGCUGGACGAGUCCGGGGAGCCGUUCGGGGCGCGGGGCCGCUACCGGGCGGACGGCGGCGGGCGGCUGGAGCUGGAGCGGGCGGCGGCGGGGCCGGGCGGCAGCUUCUCCGGCCUGGAGCCCAUGGGACUCAUCUGGGCCCUGCGGCCCCAACGGCCCCUGUGGCGGCUGGUCAAGCGGGACGUGCGGACCCCGUUCCGCGUCGAGCUGCAGGUGCUGGACGGCCACGGCCCCGCGGACGGGCCCGUGCUGGCCAACGCCCUGCACGAGCGGGUCUUCAUGGCCCCCGGCGUCAGGAGGAUCCCCGUGCGCCAAGGCAGCGUGCGAGCCACCCUCUUCCUGCCCCCAGGAGCAGGACCCUUUCCUGGAGUGAUUGACCUGUUUGGCACUGGAGGUGGCCUUUGCGAAUACAGGGCAAGCCUUUUGUCUGGGCAUGGCUUUGCCACCCUUGCUCUGGCUUAUUUCAAAUUUGAGGACCUUCCCGAAGAAAUCAAUGACCUGGAUCUGGAGUAUUUCGAAGAGGCUGUGGAUUAUAUGCUGCAGCAUCCAAAGGUCAAGGGUCCAGGCGUUGGGCUCCUUGGAUUCUCCAAAGGGGGUGACCUGUGCCUUUCCAUGGCGUCUUUCCUGAAGGGCAUCGCCGCCACAGUCCUAAUCAACGCCUGCGUAGCCAACACCAUGGGCACCCUCACCUAUAAGGGUAGGACUCUCCCCGGGCUGAGCUUUGACCUCGCUCGGGUCAAGAUGACCGAGUCCGGCCUCCUAGACCUCUUGGACAUUUGGGAAAACCCGCUCGGGGAGCCUCACCGUCAAACCUUAAUCCCAAUCGAGAAGGCCGAAGGCCCGUUUCUCUUCAUCUUUGGCCAGGACGACCGUAACUGGAGGAGCGGAUUCUUCGCCAACGCGGCCUCCAGACGUCUGCAGUCCCAUGGGAAGGGAAAGCCCCAGGUCAUCUGUUACCCUGGAACCGGCCAUUGCAUCGACCCUCCUUAUUUCCCACCGUGUUUAGCCUCCGUGCAUGGAUUAGUGAAACACGGGGUGUUCUGGGGAGGGGAGGCAAGGAGUCAGUCCGUGGCCCAGGUGGACUGUUGGCAACAGAUCCAAACCUUCUUCCGCAAGCACCUUAAUAGUGAAAAAUGUCACCUCGAAAGCAAAAUGUAGCAUGUUCGUGAGCUGAAUUUAAUAAUCAAGAGCCCGAUCUGGACCGUAGACCAUAAACUCAUUGUGGGCAGGGAACUCUGAUGUAUAAUAAUAAUAAUAAUGGUAUUUGU